AUGCAAUUCCACGCACAGGACCCGAAAUGCGGUGACGCGGCCGUCGAUCUGAAUACAUUGGGCGGCUCGUGGAAAGUGCCGAAAGAAGCAUUGACUGGGGAUGUCACGUGUGAAUAUACCCUUACAGGUGCCGAUGGAAAGAAAUAUCAAAUGGAAUUCACCGCUUUCAAGGUCGGGACUACGGAUGUGUGUACGGAUGAUUAUGUCCAAGUUAGCUUUGAUGGCAAGUUCGAUGACAACACGUACAAAAAAUGUGGCACAACAAUUCCGGAAAAGCCAUCGGCAUCGACAACGAAUGUGAUCAAAGUAAAGUUUGCUUCCACGUCAGCCAAUGCGGGCACGAACACAUUCACGGCUAAGAUAACUGAAGUUCCCGCACCAGCACAAGACCCGAAAUGCGGUGACGCGGCCGUCGAUCUGAAUACAUUGGGCGGCUCGUGGAAAGUGCCGAAAGAAGCAUUGACUGGGGAUGUCACGUGUGAAUAUACCCUUACAGGUGCCGAUGGAAAGAAAUAUCAAAUGGAAUUCACCAAUUUUAAGGUCGGGACUACGGAUGUGUGUACGGGUGAUUAUGUCCAAGUUAGCUUUGAUGGCAAGUUCGAUGACAACACGUACAAGAAAUGUGGUACAAUGAUUCCUGAAAAGCCGUCGCUAUCGACAACGAAUGUGAUCAAUGUGAAGUUAGUUUCCACAUCAGUCAAUGCGGCCACGAACACUUUUGCAGCCACAAUUAAAGAAAAUUCCAAGGAGGCGCUCCGUGUGUGCACCGCGCUCCUCCUCUCGUUCACACUUAUUUCCAGUCUGUGUGAGUUUUUCAUUGGCUGA